ACAUGGCAAAAUGCGGAGCAUGUGGUCCAGGAUAUGCAACCCCUCUGGAUGCCAUGAAAGGUCCCCGGGAGGAGAUUGUGUACCUGCCCUGUAUCUACAGGAACACUGGGGUAGAGAAGCCUGACUACCUGGCCACUGUGGAUGUUGACCCCCAAUCUCCACACUACUGUCAGGUGAUCCACCGCCUGCCCAUGCCUAAUCUUAAGGAUGAGCUCCAUCAUUCAGGGUGGAAUGCCUGUAGCAGCUGCUUUGGGGAUGCCACAAAGAGAAGAAACCGUCUGAUUCUACCAAGUCUCAUCUCUUCUCGCAUUUAUGUGGUGGAUGUGGGAACAGACAUGCGAGCUCCUAGAAUCCAUAAGAUUGUCGAGCCAGUGGAGUUGUUCUGGAAGGGUAAUGUGGCUAAUCCUCACACGUCUCACUGUCUGGGCAGUGGUGACAUCUUAAUCAGCUGUUUGGGAGACCCUUCUGGCAACGGAAAAGGUGGCUUUAUUUUGCUGGACGGAGAGACCUUUGAAGUGAAAGGAAAUUGGGAGAAUGGGGAAAAGGUACCUCCCCUGGGUUACGACUUCUGGUAUCAGCCACGACACAAUGUCCUGAUGAGCACCGAAUGGGGAGCCCCAAAAGUCUUGGCAGAUGGGUUUAAUCCAGCUGAUGUAGAGAGAGGGCAUUAUGGCCGCCGCAUUAAUGUGUGGGACUGGAGCACUCACACAUACGUUCAGGCAGUUGACUUAGGGAAGGGCUCCAUACCUUUGGAAAUCCGAUUCCUCCACAAUCCGGAUGCCGCAGAAGGGUUUGUUGGAUGUGCACUGAGUGGUGCGGUGCAUCGCUUCUACAAGACAGAGAAAGGAGACUGGGCAGCAGAGAAGGUGAUUGAAGUACCCAGCAAGAAGGUGCAAGGAUGGCUUCUCCCUGACAUGCCAGGUCUGAUUACUGAUAUCCUCAUCUCGCUGGACGACAGGUUCCUGUAUUUCAGCAACUGGCUGCACGGAGACAUCCGCCAGUAUGACAUCUCCGACACCCGCAAGCCCAAGCUGGUGGGACAGGUGUUUCUGGGAGGCAGCAUCACAAAAGGUGGGCCUGUAACUGUACUGGAAGACAAGGAGUUGCAGCAUCAGCCAGAGCCAUUUGUGAUCAAAGGGAAGAGGGUGCCAGGUGGUCCUCAGAUGAUUCAGCUUAGUUUGGAUGGGAAGAGGCUAUAUGUCACCAGCUCUCUCUACAGCGGAUGGGACAAGCAGUUCUACCCAGACCUUGUCAAGGAAGGCUCUGUUAUGCUGCAGAUUGAUGUGGAUACUGAAAGAGGUGGAUUGAAAGUGAAUAAAAACUUCCUAGUGGAUUUUGGGAAGGAACCUGAUGGGCCUGUCCUAGCUCAUGAGAUUCGUUACCCUGGUGGAGACUGUACCUCUGAUAUCUGGAUGUAACUGUUGUUUGGAGCUGUUUUCUCUUUUCUUGUUCUUUCCUCCUCUUUCUCUCUCUCUCUCCUCCUGACCCUCCACUUCCCUUUUGUGUAGGUGAAUCGUUUCAGCUGGAAAUUUGUCCGCAAUCUAAAUUUAGACUUCCAUUAGGAUGAGCCACAGAAGCUC